AUGGCGCAGCCUGCAAAUCCAGACAAUGUGUGGGAUCGGACUAACAAGGUCGUGGAAAUUCUCGGAGAUGAAAAUGUUGACAAGGCAGCUAGAAAGAAAUUGGCGGCACUUUUUUCGGACAUCGAAGCCGAUAUAGAGGCUCACGUAGGCGAUCAAGUAGAUGAAUCAAUUCUCGACUAUCAAAACCUUCAGCAGGCUUCUGAAGAUAGGGACGCGAAAAGGAAGGAAUUGAAUGAGGCAAAGGGCGCAGCACAACUGGAAAAAGAUCGACGGAAAACGUGGUUUAAGGAUGUUGCCAUACCUACUGCACAACAUUUGCGUGCUAUCCGUGAAUCAACUAUACCUAUUCGUAAUAACAAAUGGCGAAAGAACAACGCCGGACUCACGAGCCAAAAUAUCAAAAUCUUAACUGUGCUUGGCUACGGUGGUUUUGGUGCAGUUUACCUUAUCGAAAAUACCGACACUAAGGCUCGGUAUGCAAUGAAGUUCCAAGGUCUACGAGAAGAAGAUGAUGGCAUCGAGUGGAGCAAAAAGCCUGGAUUUACCGGUGCACGAACUCCCCCCCUUACCCCCUCCUCUGAGGCCUCAAAAUUAUCCGAGAGGAUAAUGAAAGAACGGCAUUUGUUGACUAAACGGUUUAAUGAAACAAAAUGCUACUUGCGUUAUAUACGAUCUGGUCACCCUUCCAUCUGCAGUAUGGAAGCCUUUUUCGAUCACCGAGGUGGUGGAGAAAUCUUCAGUAUCAGCGAAGAUAUCGCUCAUGGGCACAUCUUCGAGUAUUGUGACUGGGGCAAUUUGGAAAAUCUUGUUGAUAAAUAUUAUGAGACACCACGCUAUGGUGUGAGGAGGCGAGGAGACAAGAAAAAGUCUUCUAGACCGGAAGGAAUGCCACCAUUAUACAAGCAUGCAGCAAUACCUGAAGCAUUCAUUUGGCAUGUCUUUUUGCAGUUAAUGGACGGCCUUUCUUUCCUUCAUGGCGACCACGAGCUCAACAAGCAAGACGAGUUUCACCGACGUAACCAAAUCAUUUGCGUCGAUAUCAAGUUAGAUAAUAUAUUUCUAAAAGACUCUGGGGUUCCAAACACAUAUCCAACGGUAAAGAUUGGGGAUUUUGGAGAAGCUCUAUAUGUGCCUUACGGAGAAUCUCGCUGGCAAGACGCGGGAACGACCCUUACAGCACCGUCUGAUGAACCUUGGUACAGCGCCAAAUAUGAUGUUUGGGAACUGCAAGACUGGGUAAAACCAGACUUGUCGAAUGAUAAUUUCAAUGACGGGUAUCUUGAAUGGGUUCAAGGGGGAGGAGUCCCUAGUGAUUAUGAAGAAGAUGUUAAGGAUGAUGAGGAAGAUAAUGAUGAUGAUGAUGAUGCCGGAGGUGGCAGUGGUGAUAGUGAAAAGCAUGCAGAAAUUCCAGACCCGCCCGCCGCUCCCAUUUCCGAAAAACAAUCAUCAAAAAAUCAACGAGAAGAGUUGUCAAAAAGGCGACGGGAAGAAGAGGAGCGAGGAAAAGAAAACCUGCCGCCUGCGAGGCCCUCAAAAAGACGAUUGACUAGGUACCGAAAACUCCGUGCUUACCGGAAUUGA